CGCCCCUCCGCUCUGAGCAGCAUCAUCGUUGUCCCCGCCGGGUCCGGUGGUAGAGAGGAUGGUCCAGUGGAAAAGCAGCCGAGGGUGCGAAUGACAGUGAUAAGAGAAUGGCCCUCGAUUUUCGGAGCUUUCCGAAUGUGCGACUAGUGACCAAGUGAAACGACCGUGGCAGGAAAACACUGAACCAUGUUGCUCUAAGUUGUGACCUGUGGUGAACGGGGGAGGAGGAAGAGGAGGAGGGAGGCGAAGGCAGGCAGGCAGACGGGCAUCUGCCACAGCUCCCUUUAGGUGGCCUUUUGCAAGUUGAAGCCAUGGGCAAUACAGCCACCAAGUUCCGAAAGGCCCUGGUGAGUGGCGACGAGGCCCUGGCCUGGCAGCUGUAUGAGGGCAACCCUCAGUUCAGGGACAGCCUGGACCCGAAUGCAUCAUACGGAGAGCAGUACCAGCACAACACGGCACUGCACUACGUCUGCCGCCAUGCCAUGACACGUCUGCUCAGGUCUUUCCUGUUCAGCAAAGAGGGGAACCCCAACAAGCGUAAUGUGCACAAUGAGACGUGCCUCCAUGUGCUGUGCCAAGGCCCACAGAUCCUGCUGCUGCCAGAAGGAGCGCUGUCACCACGACUUGCCCGUCCACAGAGGGACGAGCAGCGCCGUGCUGACUGCCUGCAGAUGAUCCUGAGCUGGACUGGGGCCAGGCUGGAGGGAGGCCAGUACGAGAAGGCCAAUGUCAACGCCACAGACAACCACCACAGCACCUGUCUGCACUACGCUGCUGCGGCAGGGAUGAAGAGCUGUGUGGAGCUGCUAAUCCAGAGCGAGGCGGACCUUUUUGUGGAGGAUGAGGACAAGCUGACGCCAUGUGACCAUGCCGAGCGGCAUCACCACACCGAGCUGGCCCUCAGCCUGGAGUCACAGAUGGUUUUUUCCUCCUCUUCAGCUCAGCAGUCAAACACAGACGCACAUGGUGAAACCAACCUGCUGCAGUACAAGGAGCCUUACGAGGGACUGAAGCUUCAGGACCUGCGCAGGCUGAAGGACAUGCUGAUUGUGGAGACGGCAGACAUGCUGCAAGCCCCCCUUUUCACUGCUGAGGCCCUGCUCCGAGCACAUGACUGGGACAGAGAGAAGCUUCUGGAGGCCUGGAUGUCUGACGCUGAGGGCUGCUGUCAGCGCUCAGGCGUGUCCAUGCCCACCCCACCGCCCAGCGGCUACAAUGCCUGGGACACCCUACCCUCACCCCGCACCCCUAGGACCCCACGCUCACCCCUCACACUCACCCUUACCUCUCCCACUGACAGCUGCCUCACACCUGGAGAGGAGAGCCUGGCUACGUGUGGAAUCUGUCUGUGCUCUAUCUCAGUCUUUGAGGACCCAGUGGACAUGUCCUGUGGCCAUGAGUUCUGCAGAGCCUGCUGGGAGGGGUUCCUCAAUGUGAAGAUUCAGGAGGGUGAUGCACAUAAUAUCUUCUGCCCGGCGUAUGAGUGUUAUCAGUUGGUGCCAGUGCAUGUAAUAGAGAGUGUGGUUUCCAGAGAGAUGGACCAACGAUAUCUGCAGUUUGACAUCAAGGCAUUUGUGGAGAACAAUCCUGCCAUCCGCUGGUGUCCUGCUGCGCGUUGUGAGCGGGCGGUGAGGCUCACCCGACCAGGGCCCGGGGACAGUGACCCCCACAGCUUCCCCCUGCUGCCCUCACCAGCGGUCGAUUGUGGCAAGGGUCACCUUUUCUGCUGGGAGUGCCUUGGCGAGGCCCACGAGCCUUGUGACUGUCAGAUGUGGAGGAACUGGCUCCAGAAAGUCACUGAAAUGAAACCUGAGGAAUUGGCAGGUGUGAGUGAGGCCUAUGAGGAUGCUGCUAACUGCCUGUGGCUGUUGACCAACUCCAAACCGUGUGCCAACUGCAAGUCACCCAUUCAGAAGAAUGAGGGCUGCAACCAUAUGCAGUGUGCCAAGUGUAAGUAUGAUUUCUGUUGGAUCUGUCUGGAGGAGUGGAAGAAGCACAGCUCAUCAACAGGAGGCUACUAUCGCUGUACUCGCUAUGAGGUCAUCCAACAGCUAGAGGAGCAGUCCAAGGAGAUGACUGUAGAGGCAGAAAAGAAGCACAAAAGUUUUCAGGAGCUGGACCGUUUCAUGCACUAUUACACUCGUUUCAAGAACCAUGAACACAGUUAUAAGUUGGAGCAGAAGCUGCUGAAAACAGCUAAAGAGAAAAUGGAGCAGCUGAGCAGAGCCUUUAUUAGCCGUGAAGGCACUCCUCCAGACACACGGUUCAUUGAGGAUGGCGUGUGUGAGCUGUUGAAGACGCGGCGCGUGCUGAAGUGCUCUUACCCAUACGGCUUCUUCCUGCAGCAAGGCAGCACCCAGAAAGAAAUAUUUGAGCUCAUGCAGACCGACCUGGAGAUGGUAGUGGAGGAUCUGGCACAGAAGGUGAACCGGCCGUACCUGAGGACGCCGUGCCACAAGAUAAUCAGUGCAGCCCGGCUGGUCCAACAGAAGAGGCAGGAGUUCUUGGCAUCAGUGGCCCGUGGUGUGGCUCCCAACGACUCUCCUGAGCUUCCCCGCAGGAACUACCCUGGAGGAUCAUGGGACUGGGAGUACCUUGGCUUUGCCUCUCCAGAGAUGGGGAGUCGUCACUCUGUACUGGGAGCAGGAGAUCAGAGAGAGAGACAGUCACAGGAUUAUGCUGACAUCCAGUACCGACGAAGACACAGGCCACGGCGCAGAGGAGACAUGCUGAGUCUGCACAACCUUCGAAGCAGCAGCAACACACCAGAGACCAGCAGGAGGAGUGACAACACAGAGGGUCCAGAGAGGAGCGAGGGCCGCAGGAGAGUGCUGGGCUCGCUGGAUGAAGAUGACCCCAACAUCCUCCUGGCCAUCCAGUUGUCUCUCCAGGAUUCCCGCAGAGAGAGAGGCCUGGAGGGAGGGAUGGAGGGUAGAGCGGAGCUUGAACGUGCACUAGACCGAGGACAGGAGAGGAGGCCAGGUCCUGCGGUAGACCUGGGUGAUGUUGCUUUGCACUCCCUCAACACAGACGGUCCUCCGGGAGCCAGAGGUUCCUCCUUCCCAGCUUCUCUGCUGGAUCCUCCUCGCCCCCCAAACAGGACAGACUCCACCUCCCAGCCUCCCAUGACAAACCCCCUCCCCCUCCCUCCCCCACCUCCCUCUCUCAGUGCCGAGCUGCUAGAGCUGGGAGACAGCCUUAUGAAACUGGGGAACAUAACCACUCCUUACGACCUGGAUGCACACACCCAGGAGCAGCUCUGCUCACACCACACGUACAACCCCAGUGCUCUCCCUGCUCCCUACACCACUGAACCUGCUUACAGCAACUGCAGCCAUAGACAAGACCAGAAUGCACUGACAGCUCCGCCGUAUGUGCUCGACCAUAUCACCAUCACAGAUCCACGCUAUGACUGCAAAGAGCAGAGUUACUGCCACUCCAGUGCUUAUUUGGCUGAGGCAGAACACACUGCCUCCUGCGCACUAGAACGCACCCCGAACCCCUCCCAAAACCCCGGCCCUGCUAGUACAUAUAACCGAGAACACGCAGCCACGUAUGACGGCACCCCAAAACCAGACAGCUCUUACAACCCCUGUCCAGAACACAGUAGCUCUUACACUCAGGAGCGUCCUGCCACCUACGCUCUCGAACGCCCACCCAAAACAGACCCCCAGCCCCCCGCCCAGUUGUGCCUCCCGUCUCCAGAACUCGAGCCGGAGCUGCUGCUUUCACCAGUGAUCCCACCAGGGGGCCCUUUCACCCCUAGCGACCCUCAGAGUCUCGAGGCCCUGGAUCCCACAGCCAGUGCCCAGCUGCUGGACAACAUCAUGGCCUGGUUUAACAACAACAUCAACCCGCAGAACAACCCCCAGAGCCUGGCCCUCAUCCCCUCCCCGCCCACCACAGAAACCGACUCCUCCCCGGACACACACACUGAGACUGAGUCAGAGAGCCAGACCUCCAGGGGCGUGACCCCCGCCCCGCUCUGGCAGCCCCUGGAGGGCGAGCCAGAAGGGUCGGCAAGCCCCCGUUUAGGUGCUGCCGUCGUGGAGGGCCCGAAGACGUCGAGGCCCAGUACUCUGGAGCUGGAAAACAGAGAGGCUGGCGAGGUGGGUGUGGAGGCCGGGUGUGUGGCAGACCUGUCGCUGGACGAAGCGCACACACACCCGUGCUCACACACCCAACGUGGAAACAGUCCAGCACACACUGCCCCGGCCACAGAGAGAGACUUAGACCUCGUUCUUCAGCUAGAGGUGGACCAAUCACCAGAGGAGUGGGUGGAGCAAGUACACCUGGUGUGACGGAGCAGAGAAAGAGUGAUGAAAGUGAAAGAGGAAAGAAAAUCAAAGGCAGGAAAACUAGAGUGACGCACUAAUGGAAAAAUCUAAGAUAUAAAGAUGUAGGUCUUUGGGGGUUGAGUGUUUACUGUAAUGUAUUAUACUGUAUCUAGAGAGGACAUAAAGCCCUGCAGACUUUGUCCAGUAAAGAUGAUGUCAUACUCAGUUUGAUUUUUUUUUUUUUUUUUAAGUGCUUUUGUCUGCUGUAAAAAAAACAGACAAACUAUUCUUUGAAAACAAAUGAGUGUUUAAAACCGAGUUCAUCAAUGGAAAGCUACUGAUAUCAUCGUAACGCAUAAAAUCCUGCACGUUUUUGUUUUCUUAUUUUAUUUAUUCCCUGCCUCCCGUAUUUGUCUUCUCAGUUUGUUCAGGGUGAAGUUUUGGUGCUCCUGAAAACCAAACUUGCCUCAUACACCCACACUUUAUUAACGCUCUGACCCAACCACGAGCCUGUUCAAAGCUCCGAGAGCCAAAUAUACGACGAUAACUGUAACCUCGGAGCUUGUUAGCGUACUGUACAAUCAGAGGGCCUGAUUCAGAUUUUUGGACCUUCAUGCACACUGUGCCUGCUUUGUUAAGAGAGCCAACACACUACUGAUCUUUCCUUUCAGUCGGCUGGAAAGAACCACGAUAGACCCGUCUGCUAAGUGAACGUUAUUAGUACGAUGUUCCUAUCUGGAUCUAGUGACGGUAACGAUUCUUUUUUUUUAAUACUCAGAUGAUCACACAAGAUAAAUUGUCUUGUCCCUCCUGCACGGAGAGGUCAGAGGUCAGUCUCAGCUACAGAACAGCGGUAGGAAUUCAGUGUCUUGCUCAAGGGCACUUCAGCAUCAUGGGUGCUUUGUUUUCAGGGGUGAUUGAGCCCUUUAUUUUUCCUGCUCACGGCACCAUCCCGCUACUCAUUCCAUGUACUUCUCUGUCGUUAUCGGAGGUGAGCUUCCGACCGCAAGUUUUAUGAACAUUGCAGUAUUUUACAGUUGCUUUGGCUCAGUUUUCAAUGUGCAAAGCACUUGACUCAAAACACUUGUAGAACAUAUGCAAUGAAAACAUCUCUAUUAAAUGAGCUAAUUGAGUAUUUCAGCACAUCACAGUUUUAUAUAUGUUCAUCACUGAAUUUUAAUAAGUGUUGCAUUAUAAAAUAAAAUUGACAUUAUCAAAUAAUGUUGUCAAACAGUGACUACUUCUGGGCUAUGUUCAUUUCCUCAACAAUAUAUGAAUUCUGACAUAUAUGGCAAAUGUGUCAUUUAUGUGGAACUCAGUAUUUGAAGUGACAGAGUAAGAAUGAUUUUUAAAAACUUUCAUUUUAUUAAUUAAACAUCUGUCUUACUUUUAAUAUAGUUAAAGAAGUCUAUAAACUUUAUAGACACUAGUAAAUUCUUUAUUAAUACAAAUCACAAUGCUGAUUUAUGACUGUACUGCAUUAGUUUACUUUUUCACCAAAAUGUAUGUAUUUCAACAUUUCACUUGUAAGUUCAGUCAUCUAAAAUCCAGUGAGGUUCUGUAAUCCUGGAAACCAGAACAUCAACCCACAGUGUUUUCAAGGGAAGAAUGUAUUAAGCCCAUUUGUCUCUCUUCAUUAAGGGUUUUUCCACAUGGAAUCUGAGCCAAAGCAGGUGAAAAUAAAAAUACUGUAAAUGAAAGCAUUUCUGAAACUUUUUUUUUUUUUUUAAUAACUGCAGACUUUGCUGUUUUUAUCAUAUCUAUUCCACUACUGAUGGCUAGUACAGUGUGCUGUUGAUAAAUGGGUUGGGUUUUUACUGUAAUUUAUCCUUUUUAAAUUUCUUUAUUCAUUUAUUAUAGAGAUGAAAUCUCUUCCAGUUGAGACCAGAGUUGCUGGGUCUGUGUGCCUUUUGUUUUUCGAUUUUGUAUUUGUUUAUUUGUCGGUAUUUAUUAGUGUCAUUACUUUUUAAACAUGCUAAACAAGUUGCUAAGGAAUCUAGUUAAGGGAGAACACACCACUCUGGCUGUUGCCAUCAUACACUGAGGUUCUUGAUGCACAUUAGUAUUGUUUGUCCUUUCAGCUCUGGUCUAUUUCACUUGACCUUUGUCCCCAGAGAAUACAUGCUCCAUGUUUUGGCCACUUUACUUAAUCAGAAACUGCUCUGAGGCUUUCCAAAGGAAGUCAUUUUUCAAUUAUUCACAAUUUAUAGUUUCCACUAUAAUUAACAACCACUUUAUCUGGAUGUUGCUCAAGUCUAGUCAGCCUUUGCUUUUGUUUUCAAAUGUGAUGUAGCACUCUUACUCCUGGGUUGUCAUUCAGCCUUUAUCUUAAAACUCUAUUGCCCAACUUUAAUGUUUACAAGAGAAUUAAACACUGCCUUUUGUGCUGAGAUAUGAUUUGGUGCUUUGGGGAACUGGAAGGGUAAUUAUGGAGUGUUUUCAUCCUACUUUGAUGGCAAACCAGUGUAAAGAAAUCUUGUCCAAGAGCAAAUUCUGAUUCUGUCAAAAAAAUUCCUCCCUUUACUUUUUAUGAAAGCAGGCGGUUGCAGAGAAUGUGACAUGCAAUCAAAAAAAAAAAAAAAAAAUUACAUCACUUAUCACUGAUGGUGUGAGAUUGAAGCUUGUUUAAAGUGAAGUGGUGAAGUACUCCAAGGAAAUAAACUUGACUUUAGAGGAAGUGACAAAAACCCUAAAAUAUCACCUGUUCCUCUCCGUAUCAAACAUUAAAUUGUGAAGGUGCUGGACAGGUCGUAGGUGCGGACGAAGACAUUUCAUAAAGCCUACUGAGACGUAAGGGCGGCCGGUGUCGCCCGUAAUGUUUCAGACUUUGUUCACUGAGGAAUGGCUUGAUCAGCAGGACUGCACACACUUCUUUUGGGCCGCAUAGUGCAGCAGUGAAAGCACCGAGUCUGAGAUCUUUUAAUUUGCACAAGCAUGCUGUUAAUGCGUUGCACUAAUCCAGUGCUGUCAGGCAAGAUGUGGAGUGCCGCUUUUAUUAUUAAUAUUCCUUUUUUUUUUUUUUUUUUGUUAAUUUAAGAAUUGGAUUUAUGGCAUCAAAGGAAUGGUCCUGUGCCACUUUGUAAUCCAUAUAUAAUGUUUAUAUUUCAACGACCCCUCAGCCAAGCAACUUCACAUUUUAAAAAAAAAUGAAAUUGCACUCUCAUAGAUUAUACUUGAUACAUUCCCGGUCGGUCCAUAAGAGA